CGAAGACGUCCGAUUGUGCUCAGCGUACAGGACUCGGUGCAGUCGACCGGCGAACGUCGUCGCGGGACCGCGUUUUGUUUGUCAUGUCACAAUUGUCACACGCCGAAUCUCUUGUGUGGAUGGUGUUCUCUCUUUUCGAUUAUUUAAAACGGUGUAUCGUUCUCAGUGUAAACGACAACCUGUGCCUCCCGAGAUAACCUCGCCGGAUUCUACAAUUAACACCGACCGAGUCCCCUCACCUGUCGUGCAUACCUGAGCCACUUGUCAUCUAGGAGCACUUACCUCGUCGCAGCCGCCAAGAGGAUCAUGACGAGAGAUCGGUGAACUCCGUUGACGAGGAGUCGCGACCAAUUGCACGCGGUUCCCGCGAUAAAAUCCUCGAGAGAGAGAGAACUCUUCGGAAGGAAAAGCGAAUCAUGUCGCAGCCCAGACGUCCCAAAGUUUCCAUCUACGACUAUCCCGAACACUUAAACCCGUUCAACGACGAGCUGAACAAUAUACAGCCGCACACGUACCAGGAUGCAAAGUCUAAAGACUCGAAACACAAAUUCUGGACGUUCGGCAGAAGCAGGAAGAAGAGAUCCAAUAGCUUCUCCAUCAAAUCCACCUGGAGCGGUUUGUUCGGAAAACGGAAGGACGAGAAGGAGGAGCAACAGCAAAAGAGAUCUACGAUCACUACAGUUUCGUCGACUUACAAAAGGGAGUCCAACCCUGUGGCCCCCAUACGACCAACGAAGGACCAGGAGGAGUUUAACGAGGCACUGGGUACUCUGGCGAGAAGGAGAAAAUACACCUUGGACAACUCAUCCAGGUAUAGCUCAAGUUUAACUGUAAACGGUGAUCCUGCGAGGAUGUACGAUGGUAGCCCGCAGGACACGACCACGUCCAUCAUGGGCGACCUCACACCUAAACCACCGGCGAGGAGAUUUGGCCAGGUGAGUCCAAAACCUACGGACAAGAUCCCACCGUUGGACUACGAGAUCAAGGAUAUGGUGGAGAACGGAAGUGUGACGCUCCGUGAGAAACCGCAAGAAACAACUCCCAUACCCCCUCUGCGACGAUUCGGCAACAGAGCCUCGCAGAGGGCGAAUCAAAGUGCUAUGGACUCUGAGGAUGAGGGACGACCUGGAGACCCGGCGUUUUGCGACGAGAACGAGAACGUUCCCGAUGAUUACGUGUUCAAGAGGUUCACCCAGGACGCCGUCAGAAAGUCCAAUCUCUCUAUAAACAGCUGCACCUCCAUUGGCAGUACGAUGAGCUCGUACGGUCGGAAGAAGCGGAGGGCACCGCAGCCGCCACGACCUUCUGCAAAAGUGGAAACCACCGAGAAGAUUGCUGAAGCCCCCAACAUCGAGCUUCAGAUAGUAGAGCCAAGCGACAUAGCGAGAGUCACCGAAAACAUCGACGAGAUGACGAAGAAGAGCAAAGACCUGGACGUCGAGGUCGAUGAGAAAGACGAGAAAUCCACGGAGUCGGUUACCGAUGCCUCUUCGUCUACGGAAGUGAGUGUGACGAAGGACAGUACCGUUGCAUCAACGGAAAUCAACGCAGACGAGAAACUACCUGAAGAGACAGAAUGUAUAGGAGAAAAACAGAAGCAAACCGAGUUGAGAAGCUCUCCGACAAAUGACAAAGAGAAAUCCGAGAACAAGGACUCCACUGUGCCUGAAGAGACCGCCACGAAGGUAGAGGAAGAUGUUCCGGUUGAGUAUCGCAGGAACUCUCGCGAGAACGUGGAGAUCAUGAAAGAAGUUGACGAACUAUCGCCUUCGGAAGUGGAGGAAGUCUGUUUGAAAAAAAAUAGCUCCUCGGAUUCGUUGUCCAGGAGCGACAGUUUCUCCGUAAAAGAUGAGAUCGAGAAGAUUGAGAAGCAAAUCAAGGAGCUCGAGGCGAGAAGCUCGAUGAAAGAGUCGGAGGAAGAUCACGUCGGGAACACCAGGCAAUUGCUUCAGGAAAACCGCAGACACUUCUUCCAGAAUUUCGUCAAUACUGAGAAGGAAGCGAUCAAGAUAGAGUUCAAGGAGUUUCCUAGAGAGCAAAAAGACAUUCACGUGGUGAGAUUGAAUGAUUCACCGAUUCCCGUACCAGCUCCAAGGGAGCCGGUGAAAGUGAUCGAGCUUCAUAUAUCCGAGCCGAUCAGGCAGAUGGCGGAGAUUGUCGAGGAUGUCAAUCCGAUACCGAAACCGAGGAGACAUAGCGCGCAGAGUCUAAACGAUACUCGAUCCAGCCCCAUCAUUUUAACUGAGGAACGGAUCAAUCGCAACGAGAACAGAGGAAAAUCAUUUUAGAACAGUCAUCAAUAAUAAUACCUUCAGUUAGUCAUGAAAGUAUACAAUUGUGUAACAAGUUUUGAAUAUUUAAAUCAAAAAAGCAAAGAUUUUAGACAUUUCAUGGCCACUGAUGACGUAAACUAUAAGUUGGACAGCUCCUAAAAGAAAUUAUUAUAUUCUCUUAAUAAAAGUGAAAACAUAUUUCACAUAUUUCUGAAGAAUGUAAAAUCUUUGUUUUAUUUAAAUAUUUGAGAUUUAAUUUGAAUACCAGAGUACGAAAAUCCUGAUGACUGACUAGGUACAGAACAUUGUGCAAUUGUUUCGACUUUGAAAAUUGAAUGAAAACGUGACAUCUUCGUUGAUCUUAGUCGAAAUACUUUUUAAAGACUGUCUAGAACACUGUGUACAUGUGCCUUUAUUUAAACUUACGGAUCCUUGGUUAACUCCUUGAAGCAUCAUCAACUCGCAUUCAGAGUUACCAAGUGUAUAAAGUAUGUGUAUUAUGUACUUGGAGCCUUAAUACUGCGAUGAAACAAUCAUUUCAUCGACUUCGGGCAUAGAUUAUUAUGUGAUCGUACACGCCUCCCAUUUACUUAGUAUUUUCGUUAUUUAUUGUUACAGAAUAAAGUCGGAAAAUUUGAUUAAGUUUAUGCUCUGUCAAUAGCUAGAUUGUCAGCAUUCGAUGGUUUCCUAUGAACUGAGAAAAAAAAGCUAUGAACCCCAAAGUACAUUUAUUUGUAAUAUUUACAGAGUUUGUCCUAUAGAUUCUCGUAAAAUGAAAUGAAACUAUUAAUGCAUAUUAAUAGCAACUAUAAUGUAAAUAUUAUUAGUCUAUCAAUGUGCGAUAGUACAUUUCUCGACAAAAUAUUCAUAGUUAUAUAAAAACACGAAGUAAAGUAAGUUCCAGUUAAUGGUGUCAGAUUUUUUUUUAAAUAUUUCUCAUUCUUCUCUCUUUGUAUUUGAUAAAUCUUGUGAUGUUCGCAUUUACUGUAGACACUAUUGCCAUGUUAUCUCCUAAAAUCUUCUUCUGUUGCCGCAUCUAUUUAAAAGAAAAUAGUAUAAAAUAUAUGCUAUCGACGGUUUAUUUAAAUACACAUCUUCAAAAUGCA